AUGGGAUAUGAAGAAAAGUUGGUCGCACCAGCUCUAAAACUAAGAUUAUUCUUAGAUAAACUUCCAAACAUUUAUAAUAUUUAUGUCAUUGCUACUAUUUCGUGUAUUUCGGGGUUGAUGUUCGGUAUCGACAUUUCAUCGAUGUCGGCGUUCCUUAGUAAUGACGCUUACCUUAAAUAUUUUGGUACCCCUGAACCUGAUAUGCAAGGAUUCAUUACUGCUGCUAUGUCUCUUGGGUCAUUCUUUGGGUCUCUUGCAUCGGCAUUUUGUUCAGAGCCAUUUGGUAGAAGAGCUUCAUUGUUGCUUUGUGGAUUCUUUUGGUCUGUUGGGGCUGCAAUUCAAUCUUCAUCACAGAAUGUCGCCCAGUUAAUUAUUGGUCGUUUUAUUUCUGGUUUUGGAAUUGGUUUCGGCUCAUCUGUGGCACCCGUGUAUGGAUCAGAGUUGGCACCUAGAAAAAUUAGAGGGUUAAUUGGUGGUCUUUUCCAACUUUCAGUUACCUUAGGUAUUUUGAUUAUGUUCUAUAUCUGUUACGGGUUAGGUAAAAUCCAAGCCGUCGGCUCAUUCAGAACUGCGUGGGGUUUGCAAAUUAUCCCAGGAUUGAUCUUAAUACUUGGAUGUUUCUUUAUUCCAGAAUCACCUAGAUGGUUAGCCAAACAGAACUACUGGGAAGAGGCGGAGGACAUUGUCGCUAGAGUCCAAGCUAAAGGUAACAGAGAAGACCCUGAAGUAUUAAUUGAAAUGGCUGAAAUUAGAGACCAGAUUCUGACGUUAGACAAAGUUAAGUCUUUUACUUAUAUUGAUUUAUUCAAAAAGAAGUAUCUUCUUAGAACUGUAACGGCAAUAUUUGCUCAAAUUUGGCAACAAUUAACAGGUAUGAACACCUUAAUGUAUUAUAUUGUCUAUGUUUUCGAAAUGGCUGGUUAUCAUGGUGAUGCAAAUUUGGUUGCCUCUUCAAUUCAAUAUUGUAUCAAUUUUGCCAUGACUAUUCCUGCAUUGUACUUAAUGGAUAAGGUCGGUAGGAGACCAGUGUUGUUAACUGGAGCUGCGCUCAUGAUGGCCUGGCAAUUUGCUAUAGGGGGCUUGCUUGCCACUUAUGCUGAACCCACCGAUAUUUUUGGGGGUAAUAAUACCGUUAAAAUCAGUAUCCCAGAAGAUGAAUCUCCUGCCGCCAAGGCUGUUAUUGCAUGUUGUUACUUAUUCGUUGUUUCAUUUGCGUCUACUUGGGGUGUUGGUAUCUGGGUUUACUGUGCUGAAGUCUGGGGUGAUAGUGCCUCAAGACAAAGAGGUGCGUGUGUUGCAACUGCUGGUAAUUGGAUUUUUAAUUUCGCAAUUGCAAUGUUCACUCCGCACGCUUUCAGUACUAUUACUUGGAAAACAUACAUGAUUUUUGCUACUUUCUGUGCAUGUAUGUUUCUUCAUGUUUUCUUCUUUUUCCCUGAAACUAAGGGUAAAAGAUUGGAAGAAAUUGGUCAAAUGUGGGACGAGCAUGUUCCAGCUUGGAAGUCUGCUUCGUGGCAACCACACGUACCACUCGUUUCAGAUAAUGAAAUACACGGGAAGAUGGAUUCUGCGCAUGAUGAACAUUCAUCUCGUUCGGAGUCUACUGGAGAAAAGGUGGUCGCAGAUCACAUUGCUUGA